CUUUGUGAUACCGUGAGGUACCGUCUCGAUUGCUGCGACGUAAACAAGUGAGUCACUCGAGAAAUUCGCUUUUAUCCCGUGAUUUCCAUCGCCGUUCCUUUCCCGAGACCGACGAAAUCAACAGCAGCGGUUCGGGGGAACCCGCUGGAACACACGCACGGACAGGCCCUAUCAUGGACCUGGUGGAUAUCGAUAAGGUGCUCGAUGAUCUGGAGCUUAACGAAGACGAUGGCCGGAGCCCGGGAUUAAGCGGAGAACCCUCCACCACCACCAACCGAGAGCAAAUCAAGCCCGUGACCCGUGACCCUGAACCGCCGAGCUUCAACGGAGGAAAAUCGGAACCGGUGGCAGCGGCAUCGAUUUCGAAACAGAAGGCCAAAGCGAACGUGGUGAACGUAGCGAACGUGUUUUCCAGUCUGAACGACUACGUCAAUGCCGGUGGAACGGAAUUGAGCAGCGGAAAGGUCACCGAUAAACAGGAUGCCAACGAAUUGAGUAUACCGGCCGAUAGGAAACCGCUGCUUACGCCACCAUCGAACUCGUCCGUCUCUUCUGAUCUGAAAACGUCGUCGAUCGCCGGAACCACCUCAUCGAUUGCCAACUCACCGCAAACGGAAACAUCUCCCGCCUCAUCGCCCGAUUCGUCGGCCACAUCCUGCUCCUCGCGAGCUGUUUCAUCAUCACGUUCGUCCUCUCCAUCAUCCUCAUCAUCCUCCUCAGUCUCCACAAGCGAUGGUGAAGAGCAACCGGAAGGCCAACAGGUCCAACUGGCCGCCCAAAGACCGAAGGCAGAGCUGGCGCAUGAGAAGCUACCGGAAGAGAUAUCCUCACUGAGCGAGGAGAACUAUGUACUCGAUUCAUCUUCAAUCACUACGCUCGCGACUACGAAUGAAGGCGCACGGAAGGCAGGACCUCAAACCGAUCCUCAGGACACAUCCGCCUUCUCGUACAAAAACAGCCUCUACUCGGACACACUCAGUAACGAUGUGAUAAAUCUGGAAGGAAUCUCAUCCAUCUCCUCGAUCGUAGCAGUCGAUCUGACGCGCAGUGGCCCAGGGCAUGGAGCAGGCGCAGCAGCUGCACAAGGCGCUAUGGGUCGCGAUAAACCUCUGCCGGAAGCUGGUGGAGCUCCUGUGGCCAAAGAUGAACUGGAAACCGAACUACGAACAUCGGAGGCCAACGAGAACAAAGGGAAUGAGGAAGCGGCCGAGCUAGCGAAACGUGCGGCAGUAGGCUUUGAAUCGACAAUGGACGAUGUAUCCGAUACGGAGCUGGAGAGCUAUCUGCAGGAGUUGGAAGAGUACGAUUUCCGUGGUGUGAACGCGGUGGAAACGGUGGCACCUCCUAAACCGGAACGGGUUGAACUGCCAAGUCCGGACGACGGAGCAUCGGCGGUGAUUGGCGACACGAAAAAGCUGGAAGAUCCUGUGGACGAAGCAAGCAUUGAUAGCCGUAGUGAAGACUCGGAAAUUAGUCCCAGCUCGUCGCGUGGCGACAACGAGGAUGACUUGAUUUCACAAGCAUCGACCCUGGAGUUUAAUGAUCUGGCGAUGGCAGCCGCCGCUGCAGCAUCUGCGGCAGCCAUUGCGGCCGGCAAUGUGGCCGGCUCUUCAACGGAUCCACACGAGGGGCCGCAACUGAGUGCGGAUGUGGUGGUUUCGGUUCCGGUCGAUACGGAGGAAGUCGGUGACUUUCCGUUGGAUGAAGAUGGAAGCGAAAUACGGUUUAUCGAUUGUACGGAGACGGAAUCGGAACGUCGUUCGAUCGAGCCGGAAGAUGAAGAAGCGAUACGAAGGGCAGGACCACGACCGGAACGACCCACUUCACUGGAGCUCGCCAAUGCGCUUACUGCUGCCGAGGGUGCAGCGACAGCUGCAGCACGCCUGUCCACCGGAGAUGAUCACGAUCACGAUCAGAUGAACAGAGCUUCAUCUCCCGGACACACACCACCGUCCGCUCACGGAAUCGAUACCGAUCUCGGGCUAACGUUGUCGUCCACUAGUUCCGACGAUUUUGUGGCCUCGCUUGGAACCACGGAACACCAGCAGCACCAAGCGGAGCAGCUGCUGCAAGACGAAGAAUUCGCGGCACGACUGGCCGCGGCCGAUCCAAUUCAAUCGCCCCUAACGGCGACGGCACCACCGACCCUUGUGCCGCUACUCAGUGCCGCUCAGGCGCAACUGGGCAAGGUGCAACCAUUCUGGGUACCGGACAAUGCCACCAAGUUCUGCAUGCAGUGCAACCAAAAGUUCUCGGUGAUUAAACGUCGCCAUCACUGCCGGGCCUGUGGACAGCUGCUUUGUUCAGCCUGUUGCUGCCUGAAAGCGAAACUCGCCUACCUUGGUGACGCCGAAGGACGCAUCUGUCUCGAGUGCGACGUCAUACUGAGCAUCCAGCAACAGCAAGCGCUGGAAGCGGGUCACAUUCCCGGAAUCGAUGGUGGUGGUGGUGUUGGCGGUGUAGCAGGAGCUGCUGGUGCCAGUGGACACAGGCAACCGAAUCCAAACAAUCCCAUGGAAUACUGUUCCGUGAUACCGCCGCUACAGCAGGCGGCCGCCACUAGCCAACCACAGUCGCCGAUCUCCGUGAUGGUACCGGUCGGAGUGCUGAAGCGCGCCGGAGGUCCGCGCAAUCUGCGCAAAGACAAGAACGUCAUCUUCAGCGAUGGCAUUCGGCCGGGCUGUGAUCUGACGGAACUCGAUCAGAACUGGGAUGCGGUGCCGGUGCGUACUGCCUCACCAGAACCACAAAACCGUAAAUCGAAUCGUGUGCAAACACCAACCACGGGAGCAGAGGACGGUGCGAAUGGCAGUGCCAGCGGUAGCCCGUCUCUCAACCAAUCCCUCAUUCCACCGGAAGAGCAUAAGCUGCCACCGGUCCUGAAGCGUAUUAGCCCCACGGAGAGUAAGCUGGUGGACAUCGACAAUGAUGCGUCCCUGGUGGAGGGUUUGCGGGAGGUGAUGCUGACGUUUGCGGUGCAAAAAAACUUCCACGUGUACGUGACGAUCGUGGAGCUGUCCUGCUGCAUCAACCGAACGGUGAUCAAUUUCACCACUCGCGGGCUGCAGUACGUGGGUCAGGAUGAGGUCAUCAUUCUGCUCGAGCUCGGUGACUCGAAAACCCUGCCAAAGGACAUCUUCGUGCAUCUGAACGAGCUGUACUGUGAAGCGGAUCGGGGCAAUAUCAUCACGGAGCUGGGUUUCUCGCCGGCACGAACCAACAACUUCCUCGGUUCGAAAAACCACGGUGGCUUCCUAUACGUCCGGCCAACGUACCAGUGCAUGAAGGAGUUGAUCCUCCCCGAAGCACCGUACCUGAUCGGUGUUCUUAUCCACCGCUGGGAGGUACCGUGGGCAAAAAUACUUCCGCUACGACUAAUGCUACGUCUCGGGGCGCUUUAUCGCUACUAUCCGUCACCGCACGUGAGCGUACGAGAGCGUGAAUCGGUUUACGUGGAGAUCGCAGAAACGAUCGUGAAUCUGCUGGCCGACUUUCGGCAUUUUAGCUACACCAUUCCGACCGUGCGCGGCAUGGUGAUCCAUAUAGAGGAUCGGAAAACACGGAUACUGAUACCACGGAAUCGCUACGAGAAAAUUGUGAAAGUGGUCGAUGGUUCGAGCGAACAGUUGAUGGCAAUGGCGGGCAACUUUAGCAAGGUGGCCGAUGGACACCUCGUGUGCAUACAGAACACGGAAUCGGGAUGCCCGGAAGCGACGCAGUAUUCGACGCAGGCGAUCAACAUCGAGGGCAAACCGCGCAAGGUGACCGGUGCGAGCUUUCUCGUGCUGAACGGAUCGCUCAAGCCCAACUCGGGCCUGCUGGGGAAGUGUAAUAUCGUCGAGGAUGGCCUGAUGGUGCUGAUCCCGGCGGUGAAGCUACAGCUCGUCAAGGAAGCGCUGAAGGAGAUGAAAGACUACCGGAUCGUGUGUGGACCGAGCGAUGGGGACGAUAGCCAAAGCGAGAUAGUGUCGAUCGAGUGGACCUCGAAUGAUUUGAACUUUAACAUCGGUGUCACUUCACCGAUCGAUCGCAAACCGUUCGACGGAAUACCGAGCAUUCGGGUCAACCGGGGUACGGAUUACUCGAACGCCAAUCACAUCAUUCGGUGGACGGAGGUGUUUAUCCUGAAGGGUGACGAAGAGUCGAAUCUACCGGGUGAUCCUAUCAAUAUGUCGAAACUCUCGGAAACGAUCGCCAAAACGGCUUGCAUUGCGUUGGUCGCGUUCCUUGAUCUGCUUGCCUCGAACGGCCAUAGCAAGAUCGGUCUACGGGUCAGUGCAAAUCGCAGCGAGAUGUCGUUUCUGGCCGGCAGUGGAGGCAACAAGCUGGCACCACUUUACUCGAAUGCUCUCGGGCAGGAAGUCAUCGCAACACUGAAGCAUCUUGUCACCGCCUUGCAGCUAGACCAGCAUGAUAUAGUUAUCGAGCUGAUUUUCCACAUUCUUGACAAAUAGACGACGAACCGUGAUAUCUAUUAACAAAACCAAACCUUCUAAAUGGCAUUGGCACCAAAAAAAAAAGAACGCAAAGAACGCGAGCGAGACUAGAGACAGGGCCAGGCAAAGGACUAGGUCGGUCGGUUAAACUUUGUUCGAUUGUUUUCCUAGUUGCAAGACGAAGUAGAUGUGGAUCACGUUCGGAAACGGGGUUUUGUUGGCGUCUGGCUUUGUUACUGGAAAGGUGUGAUUAAGAUGAGGUGAGCGAGCGAGGUGCACGAAAACUUGACUUGAGAGCGAGACUGCUACGAAGAAACCGGAAACCAAUUAACAAAUGGCUGGCCAGUCCGGGAGGGGUGGGGCAGCUUUUAGGUUACGAAUGAUGAUGAUGAGCGGGAUUGCUAAGCAAUCCAUUCCAUGGUGGCUUCGAAUAGAGUUGAAAGGAACGAACGUACACACCAGAUCCAGCAAACCGUGAGUUAUAUAGGCGUUUAAAGAGUAUACAUAAACAUAGAUAUACAUAUACAUAUACACCUACACAUAUUAUAUAUAUAUUUCUUAUAUAUAUAGUUAAAAUUAUUAAAUUGUAAAGGGAGCUGGUGACUGCACCUUUAUUACGCCGCUAUGCAGUGGAUAGCACCGAAGGAUAUUUAUAUUUGGUUUGGAUGUUUUAACCGAUAGAAAAAGAGAUGAGGGACAGACAGGCAGGCCGGUUCGGAAGCAAAGCUGCGUAUUGCGAUAGUCAGUUGAUAAGCCACCCCGCCCCCCUUCCCCCGUAACAGUUGCAACAUUACACAAGCGAAUAUAUCUACGCAUACCGAAGGCGUACAAUGUA